UCAGCAAGCGACACUCUUUGCGGCCACGUCCUACCAGCCACACGCCUGCAACUCAUUACAAAAAUGGCUCUGAGCUGUGUAGUAAGGGCGGUCGCACGCGCACACCGCACCUCCCUCGUCUCAUGUUGUCGUAGGGCACACACACUGCAACACAAAGGGCGGUUAUAUACCAAGAAACAUGAGUGGGUAUCAGUGGACGGCGGCAUUGGUACGGUCGGCAUUUCAGACUAUGCUCAAGAAGCUCUAGGGGAGGUGGUGUUCGCUCAGCUGCCAGAGGUGGGUAAGGAGAUCAGAGCUGGCGAGGAGUGUGGAGCCCUCGAGAGCGUAAAGGCAGCUGGGGAAGUCUACUCGCCUGUGUCUGGAUUAGUAACGGAAAAGAACGACGAAGUAGAAUCCAGUCCGGCGCUCAUCAACAAAUCCUGUUACAGCCAGGGUUGGCUGUUCAGGGUCAAGCUGUCCGCUCCGGAGGAGCUGCAGCAGCUGAUGGACCAGACCACAUACGACACUUAUCUUAAGGACCUGCACUGAUCGGAAGGCUGUAUUGUAGUGUGACGAUAGAAAUUGUUCAUUUCAAAGUAAUUUUCGUAAGAGAAAGGUGGCCUGUUUCUUAGCGUGACUGUGAGAGUAGCGACGGUCAUAUGUUAAACAUUUCUUGUAAUUGCAACCAGUUUUAUGCAUGAUUUAAUUAAUGUUUCUAAAUUAUCUUAUAAACAGAUGAGACUGUGUUUUGCCUAAUUUAAUUAUCACAAUGUUUGUUGCCGUUUUGUUAAUAACAAAUUCUAUUCUAUUGUAAGGUGUUUUCACUAAUUUAGGUACAUUUUUAUUUAAAUAACCCGCACAUAAUCUUGUAUAUGACUGUACCGUAACGUAAGUUAAAAUAAAAUAGAUU